CGACUUCGAGUCUCGUCCGUGGUCCUCAGCCUCGCCUCACCUGUCUUCAAGGCGCUGCUGAGCCCUAAAUUUCGAGAAGGCAUUGCGCUCGCCACCAACGGCUAUGUCGAAGUUCCCGUUCCAGAAGAUGCCGCAGAGCCGACUACCAUGAUGCUCAAGGCUCUACACAUGAACCAAGACAUUAUGAAACACGUUCCGGAGGCGCAUGAAAUCUUGGAAACAGCCAUCGUGGCCGACAAAUACGACUGCUGCACCGCCAUGCAUCACAGCGCAUUCUAUUGGAUCUCGAGCGCCAGGAAGGAGUCCACGGUGGACGAGAUGCAUGAGCUAAUUGUGGCCUCGUACGGGAAAACAUGAGCGACGAAGAUGGAUCUCCAAAUGAGAUUGACGAAAUCGGAUGCCUCACCACGACCUGUUCCUACCAAUCACGACGCACGCAAGCGCUCUUGAAAAGACUCCAGCAGCUGGACCUCUGGCCAAGAAGUACGUUAGAGUCACAGUCUUUGGCCGAGUGUCUCCAGAGCUUGAGAAACAUUGGACCGGGGUGGCUUACCAGUGUUUGGCAAUGCUGCCAGCGCUGCAUAGGAGAGGAAUUCAGUGACUCUGCCCGGAUGGUCCUCGAUUUUCAGGAAAAGGCCGAUGAGUUUAAAGUGUUGGAGAGCCGUUUCUGCCUGAGCUGCGUUCGUGAAGGUGACCCGUGGCGGAUCCUAGUGUGUUGGGUGUGUAAGCACUACCAGGAGAAUUCGAGAACGGAGGAAUAAUGGCACACGGAAUGAGACGGGCACGGCUGAGAGAAACCUACAUUUACAGGCUCAUCCAUGGAGCCACUAACAUCGGAACACAUGGAACGCGGCAAGACUACGAAUGUAAAUUGAGAUCCGCGAAGACCGAGGAAAUUCUUCAGUCAUC